UUGCGCUCGUCCACGCAGCACGAUGUCCAAGGGCGCGAGUGUCGUGGUGGGUCUCCUGGCAGUCUUGCUAGCUAUUGUGUACGUGGAGGAGGUACAACGUCACCCGCUCUACGUCGGACACGUUGCACCACUCGUUCAGGACCAUGUUGCGCCUGUUUACCGCGAGGCCGAAGCGCAGUAUGCAAAGCACCUCGCGCCGCUCGUCCAAAAGCACGUGUCUCCUCUCUACGAAGCCCACGUCGCUCCGUUGGUGCGCUCGUUGGUAUCGCUCACUCAAUCUUCAGCGGAUUCAUCUGCGCAAGUCACCGCGGAGUGGUGCAACACGCACGUGGCGCCACACUUAACCGACGUCAAGCCAAUUGAAGGUUUCCACGUGCUUUGCGUCGAUACGUCCAAUGCGAAAAUCUCCGGCUGGGUAUAUCGCGACGGGUUCUCUCUCUCGACUCCCGUGACACUUCUGGCGUCCACCACAUGGACGGAACUCAAAAAGUCCGUGGAGGCAGCGGCCGAGAUCGCACCCCCCACGACAGAGCAUGAGAUCAAGUUCAAGCAGCCGUGGGCAUUGUUCACUCCCACUGGGAAACGACUUUGGAACUUCUCGGAAGUCGCAGCGCAUGGCGGAAUUGUGUACGUAAUGGAAGGCGGGCAGUUUAUCUGGCCAGGGAUUCGCAUCGGCCACAAGCGAGUCAUCCCCAACCUCCACGGCCUGGGCGACGUCGUGUUGGAGACGCUCGAGAUGACGCCGCUGGUGUUUUCAGUCAAGGAACUCCUCACGAACGACGAGAUUGAUGUGAUCUUGGACUUGUCCAUGGAGCAUUUGGCCCCGUCCGGCGUGACCCACAACGAUGGCGAUGUCGGCAAACCCGCCACCGAAUGGCGCACGAGCACGACCUACUUCUUGUCAUCCCAGGGCCAUCCUGUCCUCGAAGGUAUCGAUCAGCGUGUGGCCGACCUGGUGAAGGUGCCUGCAUCGUUUCAAGAAGACGUGCAAGUGUUGCGGUACGAACUCAACCAAAAGUACGACGCCCACUUGGACUACUUUUCGGUCGAGCGACUCACCAAGAACCCGGCGAUGGUCGAGAGUUUGCAUCAUGGGUUUAAGAAUCGCAUGAUCACCGUAUUCUGGUACAUGUCGGACGUUCCCAAGGGCGGCCACACCGUGUUCCCGCGCGCGGGUGGCGCGCCGCAACCGACCGACUACACCGACUGUUCCAAGGGGUUGCUCUCGACGCCCCAGAAGCGCAAAGUGAUUGUGUUUUACAGGUGUGCCACCCCAUGACACUCUUGUCUUCGAAUGCGCAUCGAAUCAACCACUGUGUUUCGGUAGCAUGCUGCCGAGUGGACGUGGCGACCCGUACAGCUUGCACGGCGGCUGUCCUGUGCUCGAAGGCGUCAAGUAUUCCGGCAACAAGUGGAUCUGGAACAAGAUAUACACGUAACACGUCGCCAUAAAAUGCCGCUAUGUUGGACUGAAUUAGCUGUGUUGAAUAUACCCCAAUGCCUCGACGUUGAAUCAAGACGACUGUCGUGGCUCACUGAAUGUUGCCCUGCGAGAUGUCCUCGCGGGGUCGAUGCGCCAAGCAUUUUUGACGGUGGCAAAUUUGCUCUUCUCGUCGCGUCGCUCUCGGUGC